UUUCUUUUCUUUUCUCGCCCCUCCAUCCAAAGGCUCUCGUAGAGAUUGGAGUUGCUCUUACAGGUUUUCCGAACCCCACCGUAAUUUUUAACCUUUCCUCCUCCAUCCAUAUUUCUGUAAUCCAAAAUACCCCUCGCCAUCUCCUCUCCCCUCCUCUCCCUCUCCCUCUCACCGAAUAUACAACUGGCGCGAGAUAAGUAUGACCGGUUCGAUAGUUCGUCGGCGAAAACCCUAUCGAGGACGUCUUCAGAAUCCACGCACCGUGAUCGGACUCUGUUGAUAUCUCUGCAGUCUUGGGUUUCGAUCCUUGUUCUUAUCUCGUGUAUUUUAUUAGGGAUUGCCUUUUUUUAUCUAGAGAGAAAAAUAACUGUUUCGUGGGAGUUGUAGCAAUAUUAUACGAUUACUAUUAUGCAAUUAGGGUUUUUCUUGUAUUCAUUGUAGCCUCGUGGCCUUUCUGAAUGAUUGAAGAACACUGAGUAUUUAUUAUUAUUGUUAUUAUUCUUCUUGUUCAUGGUUAUUAUGGCUGCUUUAAUGGUAGACUUGUUGCUUUUGAUUUGAAACAGAAAAGAAGAAGAAUUGCAAUAUAAUUUUGUUUGCGUUUUGAGCAGUGAAAAAAAAUCCAUACAUAGAAUCAUAAAAAAGCAAAAAGAACAAAAGAAAAAAGAAAAAGAGAAGGAGAAAGAAAUUAUGAGUAGCAAUGGUUCAAUCAACUCUGCCACUGCACUGCGGCUUGGAUUGUCGGAUCCAAUAUUUACGGGCGGGCCUACCCAGUUUGACGCGAUCAAGACUCGCGAGUUGGAAAAGUUUCUAGCCGAUGCGGGUUUGUAUGAAAGUCAGGAAGAAGCUAUCAGAAGGGAGGAAGUGUUGGGAAGAUUGGACCAGAUUGUGAAGACAUGGGUAAAGAAUAUUACCCGUGCUAAAGGGUUUAAUGAGCAGCUUGUCCAAGAAGCUAAUGCGAAGAUAUUCACCUUUGGUUCCUAUCGGUUGGGGGUACAUGGCCCUGGUGCAGAUAUAGAUACACUAUGUGUCGGACCUAGACAUGCCAAUCGAGAUGAAGAUUUUUUUGGUGAGCUAUACAGAAUGCUGGCAGAUAUGACUGAAAUUGAAGAAUUACAUUCUGUCCCUGAUGCUUACGUUCCUGUAUUAAAUUUCAAAUUCAGUGGGGUGUCUAUAGAUCUUCUUUAUGCAAAUGUAGCCCUUUGGGCUGUUCCUGAAGACUUGGAUAUUUCUCAAGAUUCAGUACUACAGAAUGUAGACGAGCAGACAGUUCGUAGUCUCAAUGGAUGCAGAGUCACUGACCAGAUUUUACGUUUGGUGCCAAAUAUUCAGAACUUUCGUACUGCGCUAAGAUGCAUGAGAUUGUGGGCAAAACGACGUGGGGUUUAUUCAAAUGUUAGAGGGUUUCUUGGCGGCAUCAAUUGGGCAUUACUUGUUGCUCGUAUAUGCCAGCUUUACCCAAAUGCACUACCUAGUGUGUUGGUCUCAAGGUUCUUCAGGGUCUAUAACCUGUGGCGGUGGCCAAACCCUGUCAUGUUAUGUCCUAUCCAGGAAGGUUCUUUGGGGCUUCCUGUUUGGGAUCCACGAAGAAAUUUCAGGGAUAGACAACAUUUGAUGCCAAUCAUAACUCCUGCGUAUCCGUGCAUGAACUCUAGUUAUAAUGUUUCCACGAGUACCUUGCGUGUAAUGAUGGAAGAGUUUCGGAGAGGCAAUGAGAUUUGUGAGGUGUUGGAGACAAAUAAUGCUGGCUGGAUGACACUCUUUGAGCCUUUCCCGUUUUUCGAAGCAUACAAAAAUUAUUUGCAGAUAGAUAUAGCUGCUGAGAAUGAUGAUGACUUGAGGAAAUGGAAGGGCUGGAUUGAGUCCCGGCUUCGCCAGCUUAAUUUGAAGAUUGAGAGGGACACAAAUAGCACGCUUCAGUGCCACCCACACCCUGGUGAAUUUUCAGAGAAAUCCCGACCACUCCAUUAUUAUUACUUCAUGGGUUUACGUCGGAAGGAAGGCACCAAUGCCCAGGAAGGUGAGCAGUUUGACAUAAGGUUGACUGUGGAGGAAUUUAAGCACUCUGUUUGCAUGUACCACUCCUGGUGUCCUGGAAUGUGGAUCCAUGUAUGUCAUGUAAGACGCAAGAACAUUCCUGACUUCGUGUUUCCUGGAGGAAUUCGGCCUCCCCCUGCUACGAAACCUGCUGGAGAAAUGCUUUCAGUUGCAAAAACAAAAUGUGGUUCUGGGAAGAAGAGAAAGCAGGAUGAAGUUGCUUCAGGAACGAACUCAAAAGAAAUAGUGAGUAGUAGUACUGAUUCGGGUUUGCAUGCUGAAAAAAGUGCAAAAGAACGAUUUGAUGCUGAUGUGAAGGGUAUCUCGAAUGAUGCGAGAUUUCCUGACAAUACUUCAUGCUUUGGUCCUGAAGGUGAAGAAUCAGUAAGAUUUAGCCCCCCUGUUGUGCCAUCAGGUUCUCCAAGUGGUUCACCAGAACCAGGAAAAGAGAAUAUUGUCAGGGAGAAUAUUCAUGAACCAUUUGUUGGCCAUGGAAGUCCUUUGAAAGAACUCGAUGAGUUUGAAAAUGAUCUUGGAAUGACUAGUCAAGUUCAGGGUUUUAUUGGGACCAUGAAAGUUGGUCCAACAGUCAAACAAGAAGUUGCAGCAGAAGGGAAAGCGGCCAGUUCUUCUAAGUGGUUGCAGAAUGGGAGCUUGGAUGAGCUUGAGCCUAUCGAGCUGACUGGACUGGUCUCCAAUGUAGCAUCCGCGUCGGCAUCUUUGGCCCCUAGGAAGCCAAGUAUCAGGUUGAACUUCACUUCUUUGCCAAAAGCAACUGGCAGUAGCGCAUAAUUGGACGUGUUUUGUAUUUCUCACGAGCGUGAUCUUCUGUCAAGAUAAUCCGUGUCCGUGUUCUCACAUGUACGUCCAACAGAAUGAUAGUUUCUCCAUAUUACAAGCACAUCGUAAUACUGGGGUUGCAUUGGGAACGUGGGACAGAUUUUUGCAACAGAGAAUCUUGACCAUUAUUCUGAAGAAUGUUUUUCGGUCUGGCGAGCCAUAAUCAUGUAACUGGAAUUUCCUUGUCCCCUACGUGAACACUGAAGAUAUAUGGAAGAGAUGUUCACUGUUGUACUCUAUGCUUUUAUGGUUCAGUAACUCUGAUAAACAACAGUUGUAUUAAUAAGUUGAAUGCAUUGAAUAAAUUCAAACUACCAUUGCAGCUUUCAA